GUCAGGUUGGGCGGUAUAAAUUGUCCUAAAAGCUUAAAAAAUUUGCCCUAAAAAUGCAAAUUGAGGAUAAAGAAGCUUUAAAAAGUUGGCUACUGGAUGAGCUACAACCCAUCUAUGAUGCUGAGCCGACAUCAUUGGCCGAUUACGUUAUUGCCUUGUUAAAGAAGAAUAAAAAUGAGAAGGAUCUAAUGGAUUCCUGUCUUGAAAAACUUCAAGUCUUCCUCAAUGAAAAAACCCACUGUUUUGUAGAAUCUCUAUUUGAAGUGCUACAGUCAAAAAAAUAUUUACCCGACACAAGCAAGACUUCAUAUUCUUCAAAAGAUCGACUUAGUCGUACCACCGGUCAACAACAACACCCCCAAAUGUCAACAGCCACCCAUCACUCUUCUCAUCAUCAUCAACAACAACAACAUUUACACCAACAACAGCAACAACAUCAACAACACCACCAUGCAGUGUCGUAUAAAAAUAUGCCUAAACGAGAUCAAGAGCAGAUUAGGCCUAGUGAUUUUGCCGGGGCCAGUAGUAGCAGAUACCAUAGAUAUGACAGAAGCAGAAGAGAUGAUUAUGAUUUGUCUAGGGAGAGAGGUUCCAGAAAAUCCCUUAAAGACACUCAACAUCAGUCUCCUUGCUCUAAAUUUAGAAACAAUAGUAGAGAUAGGUUGAGGAAAUCCAUUGAAAAUGCCAGACUGAAAAGCAGUGAAACAUACAGAGAACUUUUAUCACCACCUCUGCGUCUUCCAGCUUGUGCUAGAAAAAGAUCAUCAAGGUCAAUAUCUAGGUCAGACGGCCGAGGAACAAGCCGACGAUCUUACGAGUCGAAAUUGAGUGUGACCUCUUCAAGGUCAUCCAGUUCUGAGGGAACCCCAG